AUGUUUACACUAAAAUGUGGAAAAACGGAACUUCUCAAUUUCGGGUGGGUAUUUGAGUGGUUGGGAGAAGCGGCAAAUUCUGGCGGGCAUAUUUUUGCCCAGCACAUGGUGCUGACGAAACAAGAAAUGUGGAAAAUGGUCGAAACAUUGAGCAUGUCCAUAUUCAAAGACAAGAAGAUGGCUAGUAAAACGGAAACGCAAAGUAGCUGGGAGAAGAGACAUAUUCUGGAAACAAGAAUUUUGGAAAAGGUUGACGUGGCGAUUUUACAACUGGCAUCUACAAAAUCAGAUAUCAACCUGUCCGUACGGCAAGCUGUCGGGGUUAAUGAGGAGAUCCGCAUUUUUAUAAAGUUGCUU